AUGAAGUCAAUGAAUAAACCUCCAAAACUCGAAGAUCUCAAAUCCGACGAAGAAUUUCUGACAGCUUCCGACACUACUCUUCAACACUCGCGCUCCUCCUCGUACAAUACCGCUUCGGAAUGCGAACAUCGCUACUCACCAUGGUGGGAACACGGCAAAGAAGAUAUCGGUAAAGAUAUCGCCAAAGAAAAAAUGGUCUUAGCAGUAGGACUUCCGGAACUACCACUCGCGAAAGAAGUUCUUAAGCCCUCUCCGGAGGUUCCUCCUGGAAAAGUCGUUAGGGAAGUCACCGAAACGACUCAUUUAAAGGUUCAACAGUCUCACAGCCUCGGUGUCGCGUCGUUCGUGUUAACUUCGGAAACCGUGCGGGAGAACAAACCAGGAGAAGCCACUAAGAAAGAAGAAGUGAUUAAAAUAACUAGUGACGACGGAAAAGAGACAAUUAUACCUAUACACGUUGAGAAUCGGGUGCAACUUGACGGGCAAGAAUUAGAAAGAAGGUUAAAGGAGGUAGAAGAAUGUGAACAUAUAAAAACCUGCAUUAAAGAAGCAGCAGAAGAAGCCUUAGGAAGAAAAGACAAAAAAUCUGGUAAACCGUACUGGUGGGACAAAGACAUUGAACAAAAAUGA